UCCCUCUAUAUUAUGGAUACCUUCAUUUGCAUUCCCAGCACAUCCCCAUUUCUCAAAUCAUCUGCUGCGAAAAGGUUGCUCAGCUAUGGCGGACGGGACCAAAGCCAUCUUCUCUGCCCUUGACAAUGCUAAGACCCAACUGUACCAUUUCAAGGCGAUAGUUAUUGCCGGUAUGGGAUUCUUCACUGAUGCUUAUGAUCUCUUCUGCAUCACUGCUGUCACCAAGCUCCUAGGCCGCCUAUACUACUAUGACCCUACCCUGGCUAAAGCUGCCCCUGGUAAGCUCCCGGACAAAGUCAACAAUGCUAUAACAGGAGUUGCUUUAUGUGGAACCUUAUUAGGACAACUAUUCUUUGGGUGGCUGGGAGAUAAGCUCGGUAGGAAGAAAGUUUAUGGGAUAACUCUAGUUACAAUGGUGGGCUGUGCUUUGGCUUCUGGCUUUUCCUUUGGUUCCACAGCUGAUGGUGUGGUAGCUACUCUCUGUUUCUUCCGCUUUUGGCUUGGUUUUGGCAUUGGAGGGGACUAUCCACUCUCUGCCGUAAUCAUGUCUGAAUAUGCCAAUCAGAAAACCCGAGGAGCCUUCAUCGCCGCUGUCUUCGCAAUGCAAGGAAUGGGAAUACUGUUUGCAGGAGCCGUAGCCACAAUCAUAUCCAAGAUAUUCAAGGAUACUUUCAAAGCUCCUCCAUUUAGUGAAAACCACAUACUAUCAACUCAGCCUGAAGCUGAUUUUGUUUGGCGGAUUGUGCUCAUGAUAGGUGCAAUCCCUGCAGCUUUAACCUUUUACUGGAGAAUGAAAAUGCCUGAAACUGCUCGGUACACUGCCUUGGUUGAGGGAAACCACAAGAAGGCUGCUGCAGAUAUGGCGACAGUGCUUGAAAGCGACAUUUAUAUCGAAGAAACAGGCUCCAAGCCUCCUGCUAAUCCCAAAAGCACUUCAUAUGGUCUCUUCUCUUCUGAGUUCCUUGCGAGGCAUGGGAUUCACCUUCUAGGUACAACUAGCACCUGGUUCUUAUUAGAUAUUGCCUUCUACAGUCUCCAGUUAACCCAGAAAGAUAUCUACCCUGCAAGUGGACUGGUAUAUAAGGCCCCAGUAAUGAAUGCAUUGGAAGAGAUGUACUAUAUCUCUAGAGCCAUGACCAUAAUAGCACUGGUUGCAACUGUUCCUGGAUACUGGUUCACUGUCUUGCUGAUUGACAAGAUUGGCAGGUACAUAAUCCAACUCGGUGGCUUCCUUCUCAUGUCGAUUUGCAUGGCAAUUCUUGGAUUUCAAUAUGGGAAUGUUAGAGGAGAGAAAUCCAAGUGCGGGGCAAAUUCCAAACAUGAUUACUGCGAUGGCAACCCCAUAUUAUUCGUGGUUCUCUAUGGGCUUACUCUCUUCUUUGCCAACUUUGGACCCAACAGCACAACAUUCAUAGUCCCAGCAGAGCUGUUCCCUGCAAGAUUUCGCUCAACAUGCCAUGGUAUGUCAGCAGCAGCAGGAAAAGCUGGAGCUAUUCUAGGUGCAUUUGUUGUGCAGACCUACACAUUAGGAGGAGAUUCGAAGCAAAUCAAGAAGGCAAUCAUUGCACUGGCUGUGGUAAAUUUGCUUGGGUUUUUCUUCUCUUUCUUGGUGCCGGAAACAAAAGGCAGGUCGCUUGAGGAAAUCUCCGGAGAGGACAGAGAACUAGAUGGAUGUGCAAAUGAGAAUGGCAGAGAACACAAUGCUAGUUCUGAGAUGACUUAAUUCUUAGGUGUGUUGAUUCCUUUUCAACACAAUCACAAACUAUAGGUAUCAAUAUCUAACUAAGAAUAAACUUGUUCCAUUUCUUCUUCUUCUUCACAAAUAUAAAUAAAGGAUGGGCAAAGAGAAAUACUUUUGAUUUUGUCACUGCAAGCACAUAUACAUACUAUACAAAUAAAGUUGGGAUUGCAGUUGACCAAUUUCAGGAUAAAUUUGUGCUAUUUUUUUAUUGGAUUUCAUUUAAGAUUAGCAAA